UCCUUGAGCAUCCUCGCAGCACUUCAUGGUUGGUGGUAUGGCUGCUGACGCCGACGGUCCAGCCCACUCCCAAGUACCCUCCUCCCCCUCUUAUUUAAAGUGCGAGACCGGGUCCAGAUGCUGAGAACCGGGAGACAGACUGGAAGCAGCGAAGCCAGAGCGCGCAGACGCGUCUGGUGCGCAACAGGGGAGGAGACGCAGACCGACCGACGCCUCCAAGGUGCGGCGGAUGGUUUGAUGCUGCACGGAAGACUUUCCAGCUGUGGGAAUAUAUCGCUUUUUUGUUGUUGUUUGUUUGUUUGCGUGUGUGCGUGAGAGAGACACAGAGAGAGUUAUAUAAAGUGACGCGCAAAAAGUGAAGCGCGGGAUUUCAUUUAAAGUGGAGAAUCCUGAGGAAGGGGGAACCUAACGCGCAUGGAGACGCGUCCGGAGUCGGUGGCGUGAAGUGGAAGAAAGAGAGAAAAAUAAAUAAAUAAUAAUAAUAACAACAAGAAUCUAUCAUGAACUUGUCAGAGUCCGUGUGGCUCGUGGGAGAGCCGUGGAACCUCAGCGCGCUGGAGGAGGACGGGGAGAAGAAAAACCUGUUCGGGAUCGACACGAGCAACUACAUCGCGCUGCUGUUUUUCCUGCUCAUCUUCACGCUGGGCGUGCUGGGCAACUCCAUGGUGAUCACCGUGCUCGCCCGGAGCAAGCCGGGCAAGCCGCGCAGCACCACCAACAUCUUCAUCCUCAACCUGAGCAUCGCCGACCUCUUCUACCUGCUCUUCUGCAUCCCCUUCCAGUCCACCAUCUACGUGAUGAACACCUGGGUCUUCGGCGCCUUCAUCUGCAAGUUCAUCCACUACUUCUUCACCGUCUCCAUGCUGGUGAGCAUCUUCACGCUCUCCGCCAUGUCCGUGGACCGCUACGUCGCCAUCGUGCACUCCAGGAAGUCGUCGUCGAUACGCGUGGCGAGGCACGCGCUGGUCGGCGUGGUGGCGAUCUGGCUGCUCUCGCUGGCCAUGGCGGCGCCGCGCAUGCACUACUACAACCUGUUCCACGGCGGCAGGAACGAAACCUACUGCUGGGACGUGUGGCCGAAUCAGAACCACAAGAAGGUCUACGAGGUGUGCACGUUUGUCUUUGGCUACGUCUUGCCCCUGCUGCUGAUUUCCUUCUGUUACGCAAAGGUGAUAAAUCACUUGCACAAAAAACUAAGAAAUAUGUCCAAAAAGUCGGAGGCUUCGAAGAAAAAGACCGCUCAGACCGUGCUGGUGGUGGUGGUGGUGUUCUGCCUGUCCUGGCUCCCUCAUCACAUCGUUCAGCUGUGGGUGGAGUUCGGGAACUUUCCGCUGACCGAGGCCUCCUUCGUGUUUCGGGUGGCCGCGCACUGCCUGGCGUACAGCAACUCGUCGGUGAACCCCGUCAUCUACGCCUUCUUGUCGGAGAACUUCAGGAAGGCGUACAAGCAAGUCUUUAAGUGUCAGAUCGGCAACGUCGACUGCCCGCUCAACGACAUCAAGGAGAUGCGCAGCAAGGCGGAUACUCCACCCUCGACUAACUGCACCAACGUUUGACUGGCUGUCCCCCGGCAACAUGAUCACUUCCUGAGCUGAGACACUGAAACUCACUGAGUCAUGUCGACUAAGUGAUCAGAUGAAAGUUGGUGUGCAUUUCAACCAGGGUGAGUAUUUGCCUACUGUCAUGUGUUGUGAAUGUGUGGGGUAUCUACACCGAGAUUGGCACAUUUAGCAACACAUACACGAGUGUGGUUGACAUCGGCAGGACCUUCCUCCUGGCUCUGAUUGGUCUGAAGUGGAUCAAAGUCUGCUCACGAGAAGAACCUGCAGUGUCUAAAACUCAAGGCAGACAAUUAAAUAUCACAUCACGAUGUAUUUAUACAGGUAUACAAUUCAAACAUUCAUUUAAAACACUCAUUUAACCUUCUGAUUUUCAAUUUCAUUCAUUUAAUUUUGCUUUGUACCAAGCUGAGGUAUCACCUGCUGUCGCUGUGGGACAAGUUUUAAAUGUGUUUUUAAGUGUCUGAAGAACAAAUGCACUUUUUUCUCUUUAAAACUGCUUCAUGCAAUUUAAAAACCUGGCUAUCCCACCGUGUUCUAAUUUUUGAUUUCAGUUGUUUUCAGUGUACAUUUUUUAGUACAAAAGAGAAGCUGUUCUGGAAAGCUAGCUCACACGUUUUAGACAUCAGAAUAACUCUGUUCCCUUAGAAAAAGAAGAACCACAGCAUUCGGGCAUCUAAAAAACUUCAUCUGUCACAAAGAUAUUGCCAGGCGUGUUGUUUCCUUCAGACUUUUAAAUUAAGUUUAGCUUGCUAAUGGAAUCACUUCAGGGUGGGCAGAGUGGGGGGGUGAAUAAUAAAGGCCGGGACAAUGACUUUUGCUUCUGAUUGAUAUCAAGCUAAUCUAUAUUCUUUUUGUUUCACAAGGCUGGCUUCUUCUCUGUUAAAUUGGAUAGAAAUCCUCGAAUUCAGUUUCUGAACAACAGAAUAGAAAUAAUAGAAAAUAACGUCAAGCUUUCAGAUUAGCUUUUUUUUUCCAGAUUUUGUUAUCUGGUGGAACCGCUAUCAUUAAAUAAUUCAAACUGUUGCUAAACGGAUGGAUCGGCGUUCUCAUCCCAGAACUUCUACCUUGAAAUGUUUAGUUCCUGUCUGUUCCAUGCCUGAGAUAAAUGCUUUGGAUAAUUUUCUUUAGUAGCCACAAAGCUAACAGAGUAGCUAGCUCAUUAGCUUUAAGCUCUUAUUCACUUUUUAUAAACUCAGUUUAUUCAGUUGUGUCAGUAUUUGACCGAAUUACCGAAUACCAGAAACUUAAACUUAAAUUAAUCAAGUAAUUUAAACUUAUAUUUUUUAAAAUAUAA